UCAUGGGUGAAAUGGCAGAACUCACGGAUAAAUUCAGCUCAUUCACAAUGACUCAAUUAAACGAGUUGCUUGAAGACGAUGAAAAACUAAAUGAUAUUGUCAAAGAAAUGGACGAGAUGCGUGAGGUGCAGCAGGUGAAGGAGCUGACCCUGGGCAGUAACAUCAGCCUGGCUGAACAGAACCUCCAGCUGCAGCCAAGACUGGACCUGCAGAAGAACCAGCUCACCUCACGCUACCGCCACCUACAGGAGCUCUACGACAACUACCAGCUACGCAAGUCCACACUCGACCCUGGUUCAGAGAACAGUUCUCUGGACAUUCUGCUGGCUCUGCUGCAAGCUGAGGGAGCCAAGAUAGAGGAAGAGACUGAGGUGAGAGACACACAAUAA